GUGACGGAGGCCGAGAAGAAAAAAAGGCGGGAGCCACCAAUUCCAGGUGGAGCAAAAUGGCGCGGGAGAACGAGAUGCAGGAGUUCAUCUGUAGUUUUUUCCGAGGCCGCCCGGACCUCAGCACGCUCACGCACUCCAUCGUGCGGCGGAGGUUCUUGGCUUACGCGGGCCGCGACCACCUGGAACCCGACGAGAAGCAGGCGUUGAAGCGGCUAGUGGAAAAGGAGCUGCUGAAGGUGCAGGUGGAUGAAGCAGGUGCCAGGGAAGAGAAGGUAGAUCUUGCCAAGAAGGCAAAGAGGCCUCCCACCACGAGCAGCGGCCCCCAGAGGAAAAGGUUCCGUUUCAAUUCGGAGUCAGAGCCCAGUUCUGCAGCCUCCAGUCCAGACUGCUUUGGCCCCACAGCAGAGAAUGAGAUGGUGGCAGCAGAAGUCAGUCCAACUGAGGAGAGUCCAAAGCCAGCUUCAAAGAAAGCAGUUGAGGAGAGUAGUGAUAAAGAAGAACAGCAGAGGGGCCUGACUGCAAAGACUGGAUUAGAGGUGGAGAAGGAGAGCAGUGAGGAGGAAGAGGGCUCUGCCAGAACAAGUAAGGUCUCCAAGGAAGAGAGCGAGGAAGAGGAGGAGGAGGAAUCUAAAGGCAGGAUUAGGAAGAAACCAGUGACAAAGAAUAAGCAGGCACCAAGCAAAACUUCAGCCAGUAGGAAGCAGGCAAGGGAGGAGAGUGAGGACAGUGAGAAGGAACCUACCCAGAGGACAAGAAAGGCAGAGGGAAAGAAAGGUACUAAAAGCCACCAGGAAAGUGAAAAGGAUAGCGAGGAGGAGGACACCCUAGCCAAGAAGAAAGACAACAGAGAGGAAGAGGAGCAUUGGAAAGCUGGAGCCGGGAGCAAUGGAGGGAAUAAGCCAGCAUGGGAGAGGAGCUGUAAGCAGAAAAGCAGGGCAGCAAGACUGCUGGGAGACUCAAGGGACAGAGAGGAAGAAAAGGAAAAAGCAGAGACAAGUAGUGGAGAUAACAGCGGGGGAGAUGAAGAGUCCCUAGUGCAGAGAAAGAGAAAGGACAGGACCCCACGGAAGGGUGGGAAAAGGCAGAGUGGAAGCAGCGAGGAUGAGGAAGACAGCUGGAGAAAGGUGAAACCAACUACUGAAGGCACUGGAAAGACAGCAGAAGUGGGCAGUAUAGGUGAGGCGAGUGACUCGGAGAGGGAGGUGAGUGACAGUGAGGUAGGGGAUAGCCCUAAGCGGGAGACAGAGAAUCAGUCUUCCAAGAAGAGCUCCAGAAGGGGCAGGACCCGAAGCUUCUCCUCUUCCACAGAUGGCAGUCCGGAACCCAAAGGCAGGAAGGCUGGCUCUGGUCGCUGUGGUGAGGACCACCCAGCUGUGACGAGGCUAAAGCGCUACAUUCGGGCCUGUGGUGCCUAUCGCAACUACAAGAAGUUGUUGGGCCCCUGCCGCUCACACAAGGAGCGUGUCAGUGUCCUCCGGGCAGAGCUGGAAGCCCUGGGCAUGAAGGGUAACCCUUCCUUAGAGAAGUGCCGGGCCCUGAAAGAGCGGCGGGAGGAGGCAGCUGAGGUGGCCUCCUUGGACAUUACCAACAUCAUCAGCGGUUCAGGCCGGCCACGCAGACGCACAGCUUGGAACCCAUUAGGAGAAGCUGACCCCCCAGGGGAGCUAUACCGCCGGACUUUGGGCUCAGAUGAUGAGCAGCCCCCUGUCCCACCCCCGGAUUGGUCACAUAUGCGUGGCAUCAUCAGCAGUGAUGGAGAGAGUAACUGAACUCCUACCCUUCCAAGAGGCUUUCCACUUGUAGAAGGCAGAUAUGGCACUUGCACCCCUCUGCCCCCAUUCCAAUCUUUGCCUGCAAAGCAGAAACAGCUUUCUUCAAAGACUUUGCAGCCCCCACGGACACAAGUUAUUGGGAUCCUAAUUCUCAUUAGUUUAAGGUGUGUGCAGGAGUUUAUUUUUUAAGCCUCAAUAAAGGAGUUGUUUUAAUCA